GUUCCCAAACUAAUCAAGGAGUAUAUUGAUGAAGUCUCAACCCAACUGAAAAUGGUUUGCAACUCUGAUUCCGAGGAGUUGCUCUUAGAAGAGAAGCUUGCUUUCAUGCAUGAGACAAGGCAUUCCUUUGGUAGGACAGCACUUCUAUUGAGUGGGGGUGCUUCCUUAGGUGCUUUCCAUGUAGGUGUAGUGAAAACAUUAGUAGAGCAUAAGCUUUUACCCCGCAUAAUUGCUGGGUCUAGUGUGGGUUCCAUUGUUUGUGCUAUCGUAGCAACACGGUCUCGGCCUGAGCUUGAGAAUUUCUUUGAGGACUCUUUGCAUUCACUUCAGUUCUUUGAUCAGAUGGGUGGGAUUUUCACUGUAGUUAAGAGGGUGAUGACACAUGGAGCAGUUCAUGAGAUAAGACAGUUGCAGAGGCUUUUGAGACAUCUCACUAGCAAUUUAACUUUUCAAGAGGCUUAUGAUGUGACAGGCCGUAUUCUGGGCAUCACAGUUUGCUCCCCAAGGAAGCAUGAACCACCACGAUGUCUAAACUACUUGACAUCUCCUCAUGUUGUUAUAUGGAGUGCUGUGACUGCCUCUUGCGCUUUCCCAGGUCUUUUUGAAGCUCAAGAGUUGAUGUCUAAGGAUAGAUUUGGAGAGAUUGUACCUUUCCAUUCACCCUUCUCAGUGGGGCCAGAACAGACGUCAGGAGCCUCUACUAGGCGCUGGAGGGAUGGAAGUUUGGAAAGUGAUUUACCUACGAUGCAGUUAAAGGAACUAUUCAAUGUCAAUCAUUUUAUUGUCAGCCAAGCUAAUCCUCAUAUAGCUCCGCUGCUGAGGGUAAAGGAACUUGUGAGAGCUUAUGGAGGCAAUUUUGCAGCUAAGCUGGCGCAUCUUGCUGAGAUGGAGAUUAAGCAUAGAUGCAAUCAAAUUCGGGAACUUGGUUUUCCUUUGGGGGGUUUAGCAAAAUUGUUUGCCCAGGAAUGGGAAGGUGAUGUGACUGUUGUCAUGCCAGCUACACUGGCUCAGUAUUCAAAAAUAAUACAAAAUCCAUCAUAUGUGGAGCUCCAAAAGGCUGUCAACCAGGGACGAAGGUGCACCUGGGAGAAGCUGUCUGCGAUAAAGGCGAAUUGUGCAAUUGAACUUGCAUUGGAUGAAUGUGUUGCCCUUCUCAACCACAUGCGAAGGCUAAAGAGGAGUGUUGAGAGGGCUGCUGCUUCUUCUCAUGGGCAUGCAAGUACUUUCAAAUUCAGUGCUUCAAGGAGGAUUCCAUCAUGGAAUUGUAUUGCGAGGGAAAACUCAUCAGGUUCACUAGAUGAAGAAAGUUUUGUUGAUACUAAUACUUCAAACCUUCAGGGAGCGAGCCAUGUUGGUGGUUCAUUUGGCAAAGGUGGUCGUAGCCAAAUUAGCAUACCUGACGUGGCUGAUAGUGAAUCUGAAAGCAUUGAUCUUAAUUCAUGGACAAGAAGUGGCGGACCAUUAAUGAGGACAGCCUCUGCAAACAAGUUUAUAAACUUCAUGCAGAAUCUGGAAAUGGAAUCGGAUUUCAUUAGUUCACCGAGGGAUGAUGAAGUUGAUGGUUCAGCUUCACAUUCCAAUACCACUGGGACUCAGCUGGAGAGAAGAGAUUCUUGCUAUAACAACUCCAGAGUUUCUACUGAUAGAAGUUCAGUGAACUCUGACUCUGAUUCUAGAGAAUCUGCCAGUAGGAUUUCAGUGGCUUCCACCAGAAUCCUGGUUAGUGAAGGUGAUUUGUUGCAGCCUGAAAGGAUUAAUAACGGCAUUGUACUGAGUAUUGUGAAGAGGAAUGAUUUGAGCUUUGCACACAGAAGCAGUGAUUCUGAACAGCAGCAAAGCUCAUCUACAGAAGCUGAUGUUGAGACAGUUCAGAUUGAAAACUGUGAUGCCAGUUCUACUUCUGAUUUUGGAGACAAUGAUGUUUCUGAAUUGAACUGUAUAAGUAGCGCUUCCGAUCACCUUGCAGGUGAUUCAAGCGAUAUCCAUAAAGUUGUGGAUUUUUAGAAUCCUCGAUUUCAUUAUUUGACUUCUGAAGAACUCCGGAGUUCAGACGCAUCCGUAGACUAUUCGAGUCUAAUGCCUUCUUAGUACUAUUUUGAAUGCAAUGUCGAGCAAAAUUGAGCAUACUUUAAAAGGAAUCAUUCUUGCUUGCAACCUUUGCUUCCUCAUAUUCCAACUUUUAGGGAAUUCCAACACUUGAGUUCUCCAAUCAAGGGACAAGACAAUCAUAACUUGGCAACUCGAUGAAUAUUUAACUUUUUGGUAAGCCAUGUAAUUCUGUACAUAAAACUUUCUAUAUUUGUAGUCCAAUAAAAACUAGAUGCUACUACAAUGCAUCAUUCACUGUAUACGCUUACUCUGAAAAUUUAAUAUUCAGCUGUCAGUAAAGAGUUUAUAGUUUCUUUUUAA